AUGCACAAUGAAUGGAACAACCUCCCCUCUAAUGUGGUAGAGAAGAGCUUCAGAUCUAGACCAAGAGUCUCUAUGAUGGAUGUCUCAUCCAUCACACCAACAUGUACAUAUGGGACUAGACAUAUUGCGAGAAGAAGCAAGAGACUCCAAAGGAAAGCUGAAGAUAAAGAGUUUAGUGAAGCAAUGAACAAUUCCCCCCUUGGAUAUUUCUCUGUCUUACCAGAAGAAGUCAUGUACAUCAUCUUUUCUAAACUCCCAACAAUGGACCUCAGCUACCUAACCCUAGUCUCAAAAUCAAUGCGGGACAUCGUGAUGGCGUACAACCUCACCAAACAAGGCAUAAACAAACUUCUGUCUACAGGUUGUGCAAGGAAUAAGAGCAAGAAGAAACGAAUUGACCUUUGCUACUGCUUCAAAGACUUAGAGUUAAUAAUGUUUCUGUUUUCUGUAGGUUUAUUGGUGAAGAGAUCUACGUGCCUAUACCCUACUAAGGAGAGACUGAGACUGAUGGAAACCUUGUUUAGAGAGCUGACCAGCAGUGUGAAGAUCGAGUCAUCAAGGGUCAACUACUGCUUUGGUCAGUUUCUCAGCAUCUUUGUGAGAGGGUGGGAGGAGAAGGAGUGCCAUCGAGCAUACUUUGCUAUAAUUGAUCAUCAGAACCUUGCCCUUAAAAUAGCAAGUGUUCUGACGGGCAAGCCAGGGGCCAAGAUUGGUCUAGAACUGGAAGUGAGGUCUUUCCUGCGUGGCGUGGUCCUGGACCAGGCAGAUUCCUUGGAAGAUCUUGCCAUGUGGCUUCAUUUCAUCCUAAAACCCUACCCCAUGGUCCACCAAGCGAGGGUGCUCUUGCUUCUGUAUGGACCACUCAGUAGAAGUAGAGACCAGAUAGAUUGGACAUUCAUGACCAACGACGACCCCAUUUCAGCUCCUCUAAGCUCUGCCCCAUUCAGAGAUCUAGCUGUAGCCAUCAAAGCCCUGCACAAACACAGAGAUUGGAACACAGAUAGUGUCAUCAGUGUCCUAGAAGAACUCACAGGUUGCCCUAGUGAAUGGCAAACUGAAAACACAGCCCGGUUACUUGUGAUGUGUGGGGAGAGCAUUUGUGUUCCAGUGCUGGCCAGCAAGGCUAUCAAUGGAAAGACCUCACAGCUAAGCUCAGUUGUUGUUGCACUUGCUCUGGUCACCUAUCUGAGCAGUUUGAACAUGUCAUGGCUGAUCCAUAUCCUACAGGAGAUAUGUAAGAUCGUACCAAACGAGCACGACGUCGAAGCCCUCAUCGAUUCCGUCGUUGACUACUUCAGACACAUCAUCGUGACCUUACCUGAUAAUAACCAGCCUGGUCAUAUGAUGAUCUUUGAAGAUGUUGUGGAAGCCUACACCAGCUUCACCAAAGAGCUCAUGGUUGCUUCAAUCAUGCCUUCCUACAAACUCGGCUUAAAUCAUGAAGAAUAG